CGGCAAAGGAAUGAGCCCAACCGCGUCGCUUCGACUCUUCUCUCUCCUCCGGUUCUCUCCGUCGUCUGGUCCGGCAGCUGCCCCAAAAUCGCCUCCACACUUCCUCGUUCCUCCGUCGAAGGGCGAAGCAACCACCGCGAGCGCAAGGCGAAGACUCCUCGCUGCGCGCCGCAGCCGCGCCUUCUUCUCCGUCCGAGCUCUCUUCCACUCCUCCGAUUCGUGCUCGCCCAGCUCUGGUGGGUAGUGGUUGACGGCCGGCGACGAGUGCAGAUUUCUCUGCGAUGAGCUGGAGAUUUCCUCGUUUCGGCUCUCAGCAGCAGCAAACAGAUCCAAAUUUCCAGGACAUACCUACGCAAUCUUGGUACCCUCCCUCGGUGGUCGGCUCGUCUUCGCGUCCAUCCACACCUACCUCUUCUAGUGCUAGCCCGCAUCAAAGAGCUUCAGAUCAUCCUCAGUCUUCAUCCCGUGGGCAACCAUCUCCUGCUGAGGCUGCAGGGAUAAUUGCUCGUUUGAAGGAUAAGAGUAUUGAGGAGUUACAGAGUCUAUUGAAAGACAAAGAGGCAUAUAAUGCAUUCUUUAAUUCACUUGAUCAAGUUAAAACCCAGAACAAUGUACAUGAUGAGCUUAGAAAGGAAACCUUGCAACUUGCAAGGGAAAAUUUAGAAAAGGAGCAGCGGAUUUUGGAGCUCCGGAAUCAGUGCACAAUAAUAAGAACCACAGAACUGGCUGCUGCUCAAGACAGGUUAACUGAUUUGGAGAGGCAAAAGGAUGAUAUUAUGAUGUCCUAUUCGCCUGCUGCACUGCUCGACAAGCUCCAAACAUCAAUGGCAAAGCUGGACGAGGAGUCUGAGGAGCUGCAUCAGAAGUUGUUGGAGAAGGACAUCGACCUGCCUACCUUUGUGCAGAAGUACAAGAAGCUCCGCACCGCCUACCACAAGCAGGCGCUGCUUCAUCUCGCCGGCCAGACCUCACUGCGCUGACAUCCGUCCGUAGGCUGUCUUGUUGCAUAGACGAUCGUGGCGACUUCGUUGUACACCUGCUCGCUCAUUCUUGUUCUGCACUCUGCUUGGCCCUGUUUUUGAGUGCAGCGUGUUGUAGGGCUUGAGAAACAUAACACGAAGAUUGCAUGUAUAGUUAUGUCUGAAACGUUCCCUACGUUGUCGCGCGGUUACCUGCCGAGUGACCAGGUUGGAUUUAUAUGCGGUAAUCAAACCCAUUGCCAUUUUUUUAAUAUAAAGUGUUCGUGGGUACGUCAGUUUGGGUC